AUGCUUCCUCAAAUCAUUCCGAACACGGCUCUUGCGCAGGGUGUCGCAAAUGUAAUCCAGCCAAAGUUGGUGGAGAUGGGUUGGAGCGAUGGCCAAGAAUCUCCACUCAUCGACUACAUCGUUCUCAUGCUGGUCAAUGGCAAGACCCAAGAACAAAUUGCCACCGAACUCUCCAACGACUUCCUUGGCCUGGAGGAAGGCGAUACUGCAGCCCUUGAGUUUUCACGAUGGCUUUUCUCUCAAGUCGAAAUUCUAGAUCAACAAAUCAAUGGAGUUGCUCCAGCCUCAACUGGUACCACCACUGGUCAGUUGAAUCCGACAGCGAUGGAUUUCGACACCUCGACCCCGUCAUCUGCCCCUUCUUCUGGAGAAGCCAACAACCCGGAUGCCGAGAUGGGUGACGCCAGUAAUGACUCAAUCCCCACCGGACCGAAAGCGAUGCGCAAUGCCAGAGGCGGAAAGGGAAGAAUGUUAAAUCAAAUAAAUAGGAACUUGGAUCGUGGUUCGGACGCAGCUUUGCAUCGUGUGCGAGGGCAAGGAAACGGGCGCAUUGGUCAGAACGGCCGGAAUCAAAUGAGAGGCGGCCAGCAAAACGGUCGUGGAGGUCGUGGUAUGGGAAUGCAAGCGCAAGGCAACCCCAUGAUGCAGAUGAGUCCCGAAAACCAGAUGCAACUCAUGUCAAUGCUGGAAGAACAGGCUCGUAUGAUGUCUCAAAUCAUGCCUGGCUUCAUGCCGCCUGCCGUGAAUCCUGCUUUCCAGAAUGGACAGAAUCGGUCGCUUUUCAAUCGAGUUGAACGAGGAGGUCAACGCGGUGGAAAGCGCAAUCAAAACAAGACAAGGGCCGGAGACGGAGGAGAUGUUGAUAUGGACAGCACCAUGGGUGGUGCUCAAGACGAGAGCAACCCAGACAGCGUGUGCCGAUUCAACCAACGAUGCACACGCCAGGAUUGCCCCUUCGCCCACCAGUCACCAGCUGCCCCCGAAGGCAUUUCAAUUGAUCCCACCGAUACUUGCUCAUAUGGUGCAGCUUGCAAGAACAAGAAAUGCACUGGCCGACACCCUUCACCAGCAGUGCGAUCUGCCCACCAGGCAGAGGCCAUGUGCCGAUUCUUCCCCAACUGCACCAAUCCCAAUUGUCACUUCAAACACCCGAGCAUGCCUGUCUGCCGCAAUGGAGCAGAUUGCACUGUCGAAGGGUGCAAAUUCACACACAUGGAAAUCGCGUGCAAAUUCAACCCUUGUAUGAACCCUAAGUGUCCUUACAAGCAUGCUGAGGGUCAGCGUGGUUCUAUUCCCGACAAGGUGUGGACACCACGCACUGGUGAGCAUGUGAGCGAACGCAAAUUCGUUGCGGAUGGGGACGGACCCCAGGAAUUCAUCAAGCCGGGCGCUGAGGAGAACGCCCAAAGCAAUGAGUUGCUCGCGUGA